AUGUCUCAUCACCGUGAGGACAUCCUUCCAAGAACAUCUGGCGAAAAAGUGAUCCACGGAGGCGAGCCAUCUGUCUGGAAAAUCCCCAGGCAGAUGGGAUCCUUCGGUCCAAAGGCAAUGAUCACCGGUGGCAUGGGGUAUUGUGGAUUCCACCUAGGCUGUGCUCUCCUCCAGGAAGGGAUCGGUGUGGUUUUGCUGGAUAGAAGUGAACCUAAAAGGGACCUCCCCCAAGGAGCAGUCUUCGUCCAGGCUGACGUGCGGGAUUACGAGAAAGUCUUCCAAGCUAGUGAGGGAAUUGACACCAUGUUUCAUUUGGCAAGCUUUGGCAUGUCAGGAGACGAGCAAGUAAAGAAGUUUGAAGAGAUUGAGUCCAUCAACGUGGGAGGAACGAAGGUUGUGAUUGACGUUUGCAAAUCAAGAAACAUUUCCAAAUUGAUCUACACCAGUUCAGUGACUGUUAUCUUUGGUGGGGAUCCAAUUGAAGAUGGAGAUGAAACGUUGCCGUACUUUCCUCUUGAAAAGCAAGCUGACAAUUACUCCAGAUCCAAAACAAUUGCAGAACAGAUGAUCUUAGCUGCCAAUGGUGCCUCACUUCAGGGAGGAGGGACACUCCGAACUUGUGCACUUCGUCCGUCUGGAAUCUACGGUCCGGGAGAGAACAAAAUUAUUCCCCGCAUCUUCAAAACUAUCCAGACCUAUUUAAAGUACUUCACUUUUGAUACCACGGGCACAUGGAUGAACUGGGUUGAUAUUUAUAAUUUAAUUCAAGCCUGCCUCCUUGCCAGCAGAGCUCUAACAGCAGAGAGAAAUUUCAUUGCUAGUGGUCAAGCCUAUUUUGUAAACGACGGAGAAAAAGUCAAUUUUUUCGAAUGGACGUCAGUUGUGUACAAAACGCUGGGUCGCCAGAAGCCGAGACUGAUCCUGCCUGGGGUUCUUUUAAAAAUCGCAGUUACCAUGGCGGAGUAUCUCUACUGGGUUCUUAAGCCCAUAUUUAACAUUACACCGCUCCUGACCAAAAGAGAGGUGGAGCACCUCCUUGUGACCUACACUUUUCGGAUAGACAAAGCAAGGAAGCAGCUGGGCUAUCAUCCGAAGAAAUAUUCCUUGGCCGAGGUGAUGGACGAUUAUCUGCGGAGAAAGUCUAUGUGUGAAGAAAAAGGAUGUCCCUCCUAA